AAACUAAAAAGGAUUAUGCAUAUAAUAUUGGUUUAUGUACGCUUUGUUUUUGUUUCGAAGGUGAUCGUUUUGUUAAUAAUGAGUAAAUCGAACGAGUCAACUAUCCGUAAAUUAAGAAAGAAACUUCGACAAAUAGAGACACUUGAAAAAAUGGAGCGUACACUUACAGAAGAAGAAGAAUUAAAAAUUGAUGCUAAAGAAGAUAUUCGCUCUGAAUUACACAAGUUGGUUAAAUUUCAAGAAAGUAUGACUGCAUUAACUAAGGAAGUAGACCAUAGUGUGAUUACAACCCCUGUUGAAAAAUCAGCUAACGCUAAAAGCAACAACAUUUGUAAAAAUAAACUAGAGCCAAAAGUUGUUCUAUCUGAAAGUAGUACCGAUAAUCACAUAAAUGAUGUUGGAUUUGUUAUUCCGUAUGCUAUCGAUGCUAGCGCUCAGAAUAACUUUAAUGUGACUGAUGUUAUAGACAAUCAAACUAUUGAGAAAAUUACCAACGAAAUUAAUGACAAAACAACAGACUUGACAGAAACUGAUUCUGAACCGAUUUCAAAAGUUAAAAAAAUGUCCGGAAAAAUAAAGAACAAAUGUAAUUCCGGUACAGUUCAAAAUAGUUUCAAACUAAACUUGUCUGAAACUAUUUUUAAAGACUUGAACUUUAAAUUAACCUUAUUAGAAGGUCAUCAUGACGACAUCUGCGCAAUCGAUGUAUUUGGCGAUAUGGUUAUCAGUGGGGGGCGUGAUACGAGUUUAAAACUUUGGUGCUUAAAAAAAAACGAAGAAAUAAAAAGUUUCGGCGGACAUAACGGAACUAUUACAGGAAUUCGUUUUCUUGUCGAUAAAGAGUACACAAACUAUCCUAAUGUUAUUACAUCGUCGUACGAUUGCACGUUACGUGUGUGGGACCUAGAAGAAGGAAAAAUUCUUAAAUCAAUUUAUGUUUAUUCGCCGGUAGUUUGCAUUGAUUAUCAAAAAAGUACUGUCGGUGUUGGAACUGAAGCAGGUAAACUAGAAUUAUAUGAUACUGACAGCGGUGAGAAUCUUUUUUCAGUAAAUGCUUACGAUGCACCUGUAUCUGCAAUUAAGAUAUUACCAGAUCGCAGAGUAGCUGUUGGUUCUUCUACUGGUAUUCUUAAAGUAUAUAAUACACUUUGUAAAGAAUUUGAUGUUGAAAAAGAUGUGUUUUCCGUCGAUCAUUCUAUUAAAAUUAAUCAACUUAGCUUUUGUAAUAACGCGACAAAUCAACUGUUAAAUUUUUCAAAUAUAAGUUGUAUUAGUUGUUAUAACGACCUUGUUUUUUAUGGUGAUGAAGGUUACAAUAUUAAAAUGAUCAACUGCACAAAAGGAGAACUGUGCAAAGUGCGAAACAACGUUAAAGAAUUUUGUCCUACAGAAGUUUUAGAGGUUGCUAAAAUCGAAGGUCAAGACUACUUGUUUAGUGUUGGUUUGGAUGUGGAUAACGGAGAUGGAUAUGUCAAUAUUCGUACGCUUCCAGACUUAAAAUACAUGGGAACUAUACAUGAUAGCGUCAAUAAUUCCGGAACAAUAAAAUGUAUGCGCAUUGAGGAGGUUGAUUCUGGGUUUCGUCUUAUAACUGGUGGUACUCAACUUAGAGUCUGGAACCAAAUAAAGACAAAAAAUACAAGAAAACGAAAAGGUUCUGUGGAAGAUACAUUAAUCCCGUGUAAGUAUAUUUGCAACUAUAAUGACAUAAAGGAUUCUGAACCUGAGUCUGAUUUAGAGGAAAGCCAAUCGACACCAAGUGUUCAAUCUUCAUGCACUGAAAAUCAUCCAGUUGGUCAAAAAUGGUGCGUCAUCCUUUAACGAUUGUAAUUGAAAUACGUAAAUUAGUAGAAAAUGAUUAAUGGUUUAACGCAAUAAGUUUAUAUCAAAUCACUGUAUAUAUUUGUAUAUAACAUAAUAAGGGAAUUUCUAACUUA